ACAGCAGUGUCUUGGGCUUGAGACAAGAUCAAGCAUCCUGGGUGAGAGAUGGUAUAACAUGAAGAAAUCAGGAAGAGAGAUAGCAGACUUCCAUAAGGGGCUGUAAGGAAGCAGUGCAAGCAGACCGGGAUAUGUCUUGUGGAUGCUGAGAUUUGAGACGAAGUUCUCCAAUGGCUUCUUUUCACAUCCGCCAGUUCCAGGAGAGAGACUACAAAAAAGUCGUGGAUUUGUUCUCCAGGGGCUUGAAGGAGCACAUCCCUGCCUCCUUCCGCCACCUGCUGACACUGCCCAGAACCCUCCUGGUCUUAGUUGGGGUGCCUCUUGCUAUAGUCCUGCUGUCUGACUCCUGGCUCCUGGCUGUUAUAUGCAUCUUCUUCAUGCUUCUAUUCUUUUGGUUCCUUGUCAGUCAUGCCUGGAACAAGUAUGUGUCCAACAGUUUGCACACAGACAUGGCUGACAUCCCCAAGUUCUACCUGAGUGCACGUGGUUCCUGCUUCUGGGUGGCUGAGUCUGGGGGAGAGGUGGUGGGCACCGUGGGCUGUCUACCAGUCAAGGAUCCCCCAUUAGGGAGGAAGCAGCUGGAGCUCUUUCACCUGUCUGUGUCCUCACAGCAUCGUGGACAGGGGAUAGCGAAAGCACUGGUCAGAACUGUCCUCCAGUUUGCACGGGACCAGGGUUACAGUGAUGUUGUCCUUGGAACAGGUGUCAUCCAGCAAGGUGCUGUGACCCUUUACUACAGCAUGGGCUUCCAGAAGACACGUGAAUAUUUUAUGGACACACUCCUGUGGCUCCUGGAUCUCUCUAUGAUUUGUUUCACAUACUCAUUCCCUUCUGUUCCUGAACAUGAGCUGUGACCUUCUUCCUCUGUGUGUCUGUCAGUCCAGCUCACUGUGCUGUGGAAAAAACAGCCCUGAUAUUGCAGUGGACAAAUCACAAAAUUCCUUUGUCAUUUUCAUUGUAUUCCUCUCUGUUUGCUGUGGAUAAAGAACUAAGG